UAAGCCAAUAAUAUCUAUCUCUCGGUAUACUCUCAUUUUUAUAGGUUCCUAUUGACAAGGAUGAUAAGCUACGCGCUCUAAAAACUGUGCCGGAAGGUUUAAUGGUUGGCGUCUCUUCAAUUCCGGGAGCAGGUGACGGUGUCUGGACCACUAAGACCAUCAAAAAGGAUACCCUGUUCGGCCCUUACGAGGGUGUUUUUCGGAAGAAAACUGAAGAUGGUUCGACCAAUUAUAGUUGGGAGAUAAAAAAGGAAAGGAAGCCGAUAGGCUUUGUUGAUGCACAAGAUAUAGCGACUAGUAACUGGAUGCGAUUUGUCAACUGUGCCAGGAGUACCUACGAACAGAAUCUUGUUGCACACCAGUACAAAGGCAAAAUUUACUACCGAGCAUUUGAUGACAUACCCUCUAACAGAGAAUUAUUCGUCUAUUAUGGAAGUCAAUUCGCUGAAGAGCAGCUAGGAAUCGAAAAUUUUAAAGAAAACAAGGAUCUACCACACAUCUGA